AUGGUACUCAAUCUAUUAGUGGAUCCCGUCAGCACGUACACCAAGCACAGCCUGAUGCUGCAGUUAAAGCUGGAUGCACGCAUGAAGCUCAUUGUGACAGAUGGAGUGUUCAGCAUGGAUGGCAAUGUGGCACCUCUGCCAGAAAUAUGUGCCCUGGCUGAGAAGUACAAUGCUAUGGUGUUUAUCGAUGAGUGUCAUGCUACAGGCUUCUUUGGGAAAACAGGAAGGGGAACAGAGGAAUACUUUGGUCUUCAGCCAGGUAAGGUGGACAUCAUCAACAGCACACUGGGCAAUGCAUUGGGUGUGGCAGCAGGAGGCUACACCACUGGGCCCAAAGAAUUGAUCUCUCUUCUGCGACAGCGGGCAAGACCUUACCUCUUCUCUAACUCACUGCCACCACCAGUUGUUGCCUGUGCCAGUAAGGUCUUUGAUUUACUCCUUGUAAGUUCAGGAUAUGCUGAAAAAGUUCAAGCCAACACAGACCGAUUCAGAUCUCAGAUGACUGACGCUGGAUUCAUUAUUGCUGGAGAGAACCAUCCCAUCUGCCCAGUCAUGCUGGGAGAUGCUCGUCUUGCUUCAGUCUUUGCUGACCAGAUGUUAGAAAGAGGAAUCUUUGUCAUAGGCUUCAGCUUCCCAGUGGUUCGCAAAGGGAAAGCAAGGAUCAGAGUUCAGAUCUCUGCAUCACAUUCAUUUGAAGACAUCGACGGCACAGUUGAAGCUUUCAAGCAAGUCGGCAAGAGUCGGCAAGUCUUUGUCAGAGCUCUCUCGGUCUCUAAAGAGCCAACCAUCCUCCUCAAGAAAGAGAGACUGCCUUUCUCACGAUUGCACAGGGUGAUAAGGGACCUGAAGCUCGGCACGUGGUGA